AAUACGACGUCGUCACAUACAAAGAACAAGUAAAAACGCCAAAACCCAAAACCUGCACUCAACAAGUGCAAAACCCAGAGGCCAGAAAGAACCUUUAUUUUUGUAGUAUCAAAGAAAGAAAGCAUAAGUGUUUGGUAUUAUGAUUCACUACUAAUUGGGUCCUUUUUUUUGUUUUUAAUUUAUCAAUGGAGAUUUUGAAUCCUCAAAUUCUAUCUGGAACUCCACCUUAUUUCUCUCCAAAGAAACAUAGGUACAACAUACCACCCAAACCCAGCUUCAAAAGAAACUCCUCGUUUCCAACCUAUUAUUUACCAUUACAUAACAACAGGAACUUCCAGAUUUUUGCACAUUUUGGUCGACCCACGUCUCGCCAUCGCCGGAACUCGCUGAGGAAGAAGCUCACUUUUGGUGACCAACAGGAACAGGAACAGGUGAGUCUGUCUGAUUUUCAAAACCCAAAUCGUAGUUUCGAUGAUAAUUUAAACUGUGAUAGUGAUAGCGUUAUUGAUAGUAGUAGACUCAUAAAUGUUGAAGCAGAAGAAUUCAAAUCAAAACGUUCGGGUUUGGGUGAGUCUGUGUUGUGGGAUAAAUUGGAGAAUUGGGUUGAGCAGUAUAGGAAAGAUAUCAAGGAUUGGGGAAUUGGGUCUGUUCCCAUUUUUACAGUUUUUGAAGAUUUGGAAGGGAAUGUCAAGUGGGUUUCUGUUAAUGAGGACGAAAUUGUUAGAAGGAGACGGGGUGAGGACUCAACAGAAGUGAAUUUGAAAAUUCUGUGCGCUCAGAGUUUAGCUAGAGAGAUGGGGAGCGGGAAGAACAAUGUGAUUCCGAGGAACAGUUCAGUUGCAAAGUUUGUUGUUCAAGGUGGGGAGUCUGCUUUUUUUAAGGCCAUUCAGGGUUUUACUCUUCGGCCUGAAUUGUUCCCCAUGAUGUCAAGUGUUGGGAGGUUGGUGUUGUUUGGAUUUGUUGCGUUGUGGGCAUUGAAAAAGUUAUUUAGUUUUGGGGAUAAGGAGGUUCGUCACACGGAAGUGGAGAAGGAAAUGAUGAGGAGAAAGAUAAAGUCAAGAAAGGAGAAAGAGAUGUUGGAGAAGUUUAGCGUGGAGGUUGUUCAACAAACUCCGGAACCAAUUGAGAAUCAGAAACCUAUGAUAGAUAAGGAACAACUAAUGAAUAGUAUUUUGAAAGCCAAGGCAGGUUCUGAUAAAUCAUCAUUACAAGAUUCCUCUGCUAUUCCAACGGCCAAAUCUAUCGACUUGGAUAAUAGAAUUCAGGAAAUCAGACAAAUGGCCAGGCAUGCGCGGGACAUUGAGGGGCAAGAGCUUUCCCUGACUGAUCAAGAUGCAAAAGAAAAGCAGGGUGUGAAUAAUGAACUUUCCAAUGAGAUGGAAUUGGUCAAUGUGCUUAGUGAUGACGAUAAGAGUUCUUUAGGGCAGACUAAUGGUAUUCAUGAAACUGUAAAGACAGGCAAUUUGGAUGUACAAAAAAUUGAUGAUUGUGGAUUUCUCAGUAAGGUCUCUUCCACAGAGGACAAUAUGCAAGGUUGUACUACUUCAGGUGAGAACGUUUCUUCUGAUAUGGAAAGCACUGUGCAGGGUUUUAAAGAUAGUGAAAGUGCUUUGAAGGUAACAGACACAACCGAGGUCAUCCAAUUCUCUGAUACUACUUAUGCUGAAUCGCACAUGUCAAGGAAAGGUUCUAUUAGAACAAAGACAAGAGUGAUACUGUCAUUGAAAGAAGCUAGAGACUAUCUUUCUGAAAAAUUUCACAACCAAGUGCCUGAAAUAAUGUCCCAAGUGAAAACCUUGCAAGAAAGUGAUGCCGUUUUGAGGCAUCCAGGUGAUGAAGGAUUUGGUAGAAGAGAUACAGGCCAUAAAUUGGAUGUGAAUGACAAAGUGGCUGCAAUUUCAGGUCGAACAUCAAAUUCUACACAUUCCACAAAAGCCUGCAAAGUUUCUGCUUGGAAGGAAUCUGUCCCAACUAAGAAUGAAAAUUCUGAAGAUUCUGAGGCGAAAUGUGGAGUGGGAGAUCUUGGGAAGCCACAAACUUCCUUAAAUCAUGAAGGUAAUGGAAUGAAUGCGGGGACAGGGCCACCUGCAAAGAUACAAAACUGGAUAGAUACAAAUUUUCAUGAAGUUGAGCCCUUAGUUAAGAAGAUUGGAACUGGUUUUAAAGAUAACUACAUGGUUGCUAGAGAAAAAGUUAAUGAACAGUUAGAUAUGGAUACUGAAAUUACACAGCUUGCUUUUAAUGGUGAUGAUAGUGAACUUGAGUGGAUGAAAGAUGAUGAUCUUAGAGAAAUUGUCUUUCAAGUCAGAGAAAAUGAGUUGGCAGGGCGAGAUCCAUUUUAUUUGAUGGAUGCUGAAGAUAAACAUGUGUUCUUUAUGGGUCUCGAAAAGAAAGUUAAGAAAGAGAAUGAAAAAUUGUUGAAGCUGCACGAGUUGCUACAUUCAAAUAUUGAAAAUCUUGAUUAUGGAGCAGAUGGUAUCAGCUUGUAUGAUCCACCUAGCAAGAUCAUACCACGCUGGAAAGGGCCUCUGAUAGAAAAGAACCCUGAGUUCCUCAAGAACUUCCUUGAACAACAGAAGGCAUUUUUAGCUGGGAACACUGGUAAUUCAUACCCGGUGAAGAAGGACCAGGAAAACUCCAUUAAAAAAUCAACAGGAUCCCCCACCCCUGGGAAUGUUGCUUCUUCUUUGCCCACCCUUGAUUCAGACAAAAACUUUCAUGAUGAGGAUCCAAAAAAUUCUAGGACAGUAAUUGAAGGCAGUGAUGGUUCUGUUAUAGCUGGCAAAAGAUCAGGGAAAGAAUAUUGGCAACACACAAAGAAAUGGUCCCGUGGGUUUUUGGAUUCUUAUAAUGCAGAGACAGACCCAGAAGUUAAAUCAAUUAUGAGGAAUAUGGGGAAGGAUUUAGAUCGGUGGAUCACUGAAAAAGAAAUACAGGAAGCAGCUGAUCUGAUGAGCAAAGUACCUGAGGGGAAUAAGAAAUUCAUGGAAAAGAAACUCAACAAGCUCAAAAGAGAAAUGGAAUUGUUUGGACCACAGGCCGUAGUGACCAAAUACCGCGAAUAUGCAGAUGAGAAGGAAGAAGAUUAUCUGUGGUGGUUGGAUCUUCCACAUUUGCUGUGCAUCGAAUUGUACACAGUUGAUGAUGGGGAACAGAUGGUUGGACUAUAUUCAUUGGAGAUGGCUACUGAUCUUGAAUUGGAACCAAAGCCAUGUCAUGUGAUUGCCUUCGAGGAUGCUGGUGACUGCAAAAAUCUUUGUUAUAUAAUUCAGGCUCACAUGGACAUGCUUGGAAAUGGCCAUGCCUUUGUUGUUCCUCGGCCACCUAAGGAUGCUUUUUGGGAAGCAAAAGCAAAUGGUUUCAGUGUAACUGUCAUCAGGAAAGGGGAACUUCAGCUCAAUGUUGACCAAACACUAGAAGAAGUGGAGGAACAAAUUACUGAGAUUGGGAGCAAAAUUUACCAUGAUAAGAUCAUGAAGGAACGCUCUGUGGAUAUAAGCUCAUUGAUGAAGGGUGUAUUUGGUGUUACUGGCAAACCCACAAAGAGAAAGGGGUUGAAGCAGAUGCUGAAGAAGUCUAACAAGAAAUAAGGAUGAUGUCUGCCUCCUGCACUUGGGCAGGAUGUGUUUUCAAGAUGCCUGUCUUGCUUUUUUGGUCUGACAAGUGCCACACAAAAAUCAUAGCUAUAGCAAGAUCCAGCAUGUCUUGACCAAUGUCUUGAAUCGUCUGACAAAAUUUGGAUGUGUCAAGCUCGAUAAAUUUAUAGAAGACAUUGUAAGUUAUGCAUAAAAUAAAAUUACGACUGCCUAUUUCACUUGCAUUUUUGUUCUUAUUCCAGACCAAAGAUGGACUAUGGGAAGCCAGCACUCAAUCUUCUGAUCACAUAAUUGUUCAAGACAGUGAGUUGUCCCAAAUAGGUUCACAACCGCUCUGCAUCAUCCUGUUGUCCCUGCCCCGUUCUUGAGUCACCAUUCUGCUCCAAUCAUGUAGUGAAUGGAAAUCCAACAUGGAUGUAAGUGUUGAGCAAUAAUUUGAAAAUGUAUGGUGUUUUGUGAAGGUGUAUCCUUGUUACUGCUGCUUAAUGUUUAAUGAGGACGGUGUUUGUUAUAGAAGUCAUACAAUAUUGAAAUUA